AUGGACUACAACCCCCGGCAGCCAGCCGCUGUUGCUUGCAUGUCAUGCAGGAGACUGAAGAUGAGGUGCGUUGGUGGAGGAAGUCCUCCAUGCCGGCGCUGCCUCAAACACAAUCGCGAAUGCGUCGUCCGUCUACCAAACCGUAACCAGAGGCGACCGUCCUCAUCCCAAAUCCAAGACUAUCGCAAUACCCAGCACGCUCUGGCCUCGCCAGUCUCUAGCAGCUCGCAUGCAUCCGUGGGCCGGCAACUAUAUGACCGUAGCCCGUCCGAGACUGGAAGAGAAUACUCAAUAAAUCAAGAGCCCUUGGGCCUGCCGUCAAUUUUCUCUUCGUCUCCGCUCUCAAUCGCUGCGAAAUCGGUGCCAGAACGCAAUGAUUCUUUUGACGAUCAUGCCUCCAUACCUAGUGCAGACGCAGACCAUGUCUCUCCGCCUGUCAUUCGCGAUCUUGUCGAGUUCUUUCUGGAGAGACUCCUCUUUUACGUCCCCGUACUCUCGUUAGAACCGAUGGAUGAUCCAACGACGAUACUUGAGCGACGGCAACCACUCGCAUAUGCCAUGGCUUUUGUCGCUUCCACAUUCGCCCUCGGCUACGAUUCGGCACGGAGGUCGCUGUUCACACACAUUCUGAGGUUGAUUGAACAAGCUAAUUAUAUUCGCGACAAUAAAACAGAAGAAAAUUGGACUCUGUUACAAGCGCUGGCCGUUCUGUAUGCGUAUCCGGAAGUUGCUAUACAAUCCAGCAAGACACAAAAGAGGCAGCUGAGCAUAUGGGCUGUAAAGUCUGCAGUCGAGGCCUGCGCGAUGCAGCAGUCCCUUCACCACUCCAUAGGGCAUCUUAGAGAGCUAGCCCGCGAAGACUCGUCCAAUGCAACCGCGUCGCAGGCAUAUCGGCGCACAUUCUACUGGCUUUGGCUAUUUGUCAAGUCUCGCCACCACUCCGUGAUCACGAGGACCCCUCCUACAAUACACGAUGAUUCUACGAUCACCUCAACGGUAGACCUUUUACUGCACAUGGAGCCUUCCCAAAGUGUCUGGAGAAUUCUAGCAGAGGCUGCUCUUCAUCGCAUGUGGGAUCAAGCCGCUCUCCGCGACAAGGACCUUGGAGAAUGGUGGUGUAUGCCCUCCAACACAAAGGACAUUGGGUCCUUGCAAGAGCUUCUAAAGAGUACAGAAGAAAUGCUACAGGAGUGGCGCUCCACCUGGUUGCAGUCCAACGGCAUGCACAAAACCAGCACUAGGACCGGUGAGCCUCAUAUCGCCAGCUCUGUCACUCCCUUCAUGGGCCUCCUAACUCGCUUCAACAUGAUUUCCUUCGCGGCGCCCAUCAUCUCGCACCAGCUACGGGAAAAGCCUGGGCGACCUAGCUUUUCGCCAACAAUCCUGUCAUCUCCAGAGCUUGCCCCAUUUCUAGACUGCGUCUUGAAAUCGGCUGACGCCGCAAGUAAUUGUUGCGACUCCAUCCUCGGCAUGAAGCCGGUGGCUAGGGAGUUCUUGCGCUAUACACCCGACUAUGGAUUUACAAUGAUGGCCCUAUGUUGUCUGCAUCUAGUGUAUGCAUAUAACAUGUCUCCGAACAAUUCUGCCUUGAGGACCAAACUAGCCAAGGCCGAACAGGUAGCACAUCUGAUGAUAGAAGUGUCAGGACCAAACAAUGCCUUACCCCACUUAUAUGGAGAGUGUAUUCUAUCCCAUUUGCGAAACUCGACUACGGCCAUUGAUUGCAGUGGCGACCAGACGUUCGCGACUGGUACGCGACAAGGAACAAUGGGAUUCGAAGAGGAUCUGCGAGCCGUGCAGGAAGUGCCGAUUCCACUCGACCUGAAUGAUCACUGGCCGGCCGAGUUUAGCACGAAUGAUUUCAUUGACUCAUUUCAUGGUCAAUUACCCGAUUUAUUCAACAUGUAUUCCAGCUUGCUAAACUCGAAUGCAAACGAACUUUAA